AUGGACACAGGUUCACUAAAUGCAGCUAGCCUGAGGGAGGAGCAGCUUCACCUGUCCUUGCUGGUAUCCAGUGGCUGGAGAACAAUCUGCUUCCGUGUCGUGCCCGUGGUGAGGAGAAAACAUGGGGUGCCUGCCCUGGAGGGGGCCCACCUGAUGCCUGGAUUCCCCAAGGGCAGCUUGAAAAGGAUCAUCGGCCAGGGCGUGGACCUGGUGCCAGCCAGCGCCCAGCACUGGAGGGUCUCCACUGACUACCUGCUCACCAGACUGCUGGAUGCACUGGGUACCCUCCAGGGCCACCACCUGGACAGCCUCUCCAUCCUCGACCGAGUGAACCAUGAAAGCUGGCGAGACGGUGGCCAGAGUGCUGGCCUGACCUUCAGCCACUUGAAGACGGUGCUGCUGUGGGCCUCGGUGCUCUUCCCAGAGCCGGAGGACUGGGCCGAGCUUCAGGGCGCUGUGUACCGCCUCCUCGUGGUGCUGCUAUGCUGCCUGGCCACCCGGAACCUGCCUCACUUCCUCCACCCUGAGCGCAACCAGCUGCAGGACAGUGGCCUGGACCUCAACACUAUCUACCAGCGCGUGGAGGGCUUCGCCAGCCAACCUGAGGCAUCCCUGCGCAUCCAUGCCACCCACCUGGGCCGCAAUCCCCCGCCACGCAUCAGUGCUGGGGUCAAGGCACUCCUGCAACUGCCAGCCAGUGACCCCAGCUACUGGGCCACUGCCUACUUCGACUUCCUGCUGGACAAGUUCCAGGUCUUCAACAUCCAGGAUAAGGACCGAAUCUCCGCCAUGCAGAGCAUCUUCCAGAAGACCAAGACUAUGGGCAGUGAGGAGAGCUGA